AAGAAGUAGUACUCUCACCAGGCAAGAUUGCCGAACUUCACUCCGAAGCAAAAAAGAAUCUCACUUCUGCAACACAUCACGGGGCUCAAGAGACCCGGGACAUGCUUAGCGGUUCAGCUGAUCUCUCAAAAUACAAGAAGUUCAACAACAAGAACGACAUCGACCUCAAAAUCUUCGCUGCAGCUUCUGACGUCGUCUACGAUUUCCCGUUCG